ACACAGCCUGGAAGUCCAGCUGAAGGUCAAUUGCAUUGUGGUGAUGAGAUUCGUGGAAUCAACGGACAAGAUACUCGAACACUGAGUCAUUCACAGGCCACCGAAAGUAUCAAGGCAGCAGGGAAGGACCUCAAACUUAUCAUUUCCAAAUCAAUUGACAACAACUUCUCCAAUCUUAAAAUGAACCACCAAAAUUCCAUUCGCUGA